GUACAACUCGUAUUAUCACUGUGAAUAGUAUCGAAUAUUUAUACCAAUAUAUUGUAGUUACAAAACGCGGUACUAUGUGUCCAUAUAAUUCCUUAUUUCAAGGUUAAUUGCACACAUUGGUUAAACACGUGGGUCAGACAUGCCACAUUAUACACUACGUUAUGUCAACAGUAGCACAGGUUCCAAACCUCCGACUGCUUAUAGUCCGAAUAUUUAAUCUGUAUACUUAUCAUAAUCCCUCCUAAUUCUGUGGAUUCUAUACUACUGUUCAGUUCCAUACUAUAUAAAUCAUAGAAUAGAAAUAUGUCUUUCCGUGGACGAGGAGGAGGAGGCGGUGGUGGCCGAGGCGGAGGCGGUGGCAGAGGAGGAGGUGGAUUUCGUGGACGAGGAGGAGGUGGUGGUUUUCGUGGAGGAAGAGGUGGAGGAGGAGGUGGCGGUGGUGGUUUUAGAGGAGGAUUCGAUCAAGGACCACCAGACCAGGUAACGAACCUGUGCCACUUUGUAUGGACAGUGCAAGAUGACUUGGUUGCAAAAGCAGACAUAGAAGAUUUACCUUAUUUCAAUGCCCCUAUAUACACAGAAAGUAAACAACAAAUCGGCAAGAUAGAUGAAAUCUUUGGUAAUAUUCGAGACUAUUACGUUUCUAUAAAAUUGGGCGAUAACAUGAAAGCAUCUAGUUUUGAGAAAGAUACCAAGUUCUACAUUGAUCCGGCAAAACUUUUACCACUGCAACGAUUCUUACCCAAACCACCUGGCUCUGUUCAAAAACGAGGAGGUCGAGGAGGUGGGGGUCGAGGAGGAGGAGGCAGGGGUGCUUUUGGCGGCGGGCGAGGAGGUGGAUUUGGUGGUGGCAGAGGAGGAUCACGUGGAUUCGGAGGACGGGGUGGAAGCGGCGGAGGAUUUAGAGGUCGUGGAGGAAGCGGUGGAGGUAGAGGUGGUGGUGGGUUUGGAGGACGAGGUGGAGGUGGCCGAGGUCGGUGGUAGUGCAGAACAUUGGUUUUAUCAAAGACUUUAGACGAAAUAAUUGAAUAUAAUAAAUUUCUAAAAUACCAAGCUAUCAUUUGAUUAUCCUGGAGCAAUAAGCAGCAACAAACAAAAAGAACAAUCUGUUUAACAUCUUUCAAUGCCGCUGUUUUCUUGAAGUAAGUUUCACAGAACGUAAGUGCUCAAGUUUUGCUGAUAAUUACGUUUUAGUAAUCAUGAGAAUCUACUCAUUAACCAUUAUUGGUAAUUAUCAAAUUCCCAAGGAUGAAAAAUGGUAUGAUUUUCUCGCCAAUGAAGAUGUGUGGAAUGUGUACGAAAUAUAUUAGAUUGACGACCGAUGAAAGUUAUAAUUAGUACGCAUUUAUUCAAAAACUUCAUUCCUUUAUUGUCAAUAAGGAACAGGAUUACCGCGCCUCAUUUCACAUAUGUAUACGUAUGUAUAUGUGUUAGUUCAAAAUAUAUUUUCCGUAGAAGAUUUUAUACUGACUGCUUAUAAGAAUUUUGAUGAUGGAUAAUAAAUAAGUGAAAUUAUAUCACAGAGUAUUAAUUUACUCUUGAAAGAGAAAUUGGGGAGGUAAAGACUCUUGCAAUGAGUAUGAAGUUUGGCAACUUUAUUUUUGUAACACAACUUCUUGUAAUGUCUGGUAAAAAUAACGGAAAAAAUUGCUGCUGUAAACCAUGCAAAUUUGAAGUAAAGUUCCAAAAAAAAGUUCAAAA